GCUUUUCGGAACCAGCGACGCCGAGCGUGGCAGCCCGAGCGACGAGAGCGAUGGAGCCUCCGAGACCGCAAAAGCGCGCCGCUUCGAGCACCUUUGCCACGACGCAGCCUCGCAGAUCACGCCUCUCCAGCGUGCGAUACAAACUCCAAGUACACGGCGCGCGGCGAUGGCUUGAACGCCUUUACAGCCCUCGACGGCGCAAGUGAUCUUGAUGCUUCAGAAAACGAAUUCGCAUGUCCCUCUACGACCCGCUCUACCACCAGAAGCGAGCUGCAAAGCUCGCUGAGGCCAAGUUGGCGGCCGAAGAUGCUCUUAUGCGUAAGCCAAGCCCGACGGCGGCGACGAACCUUGGUUCGCGUGCCACCGCGUUCGGGCGCAGCAAGACCCCGACGGUUGUCCGCCAGCGCGCGGCUCCAACUGUCCCGGUGACUGCGCGAUCGACGAUUCGGUCGACGCAAACGCCCGCCACGACGGCGGUGCAACCUCUGACGGCAAGCAGCCGCACCUCGACCACCGCCGCGCAGCGUCGCACACCGGUGACGAGCGUCGCGACUGCUCCGUCAAGUACCACCACGGAUGCCACGCCUGCUAGCGCGGCAUCGACGACCACGACUGAGGCGAUCCUCGGUCAGCUGCGUUCGGAAGUUGCUACUCUCCAAGCGCAGGUCGUCAUCCUCCAAGCCAGCCUCGACGCGUCGAUGGACACGGCCAAGACACGCACCUCGGAGCUUGAUCUUGCCCAUGCCCAGCACGACGCUGAUCUCGAGACGCUUGGAACUCAACUUCAGGCCUCGCGGGAUGUCGUUGCGCAUCUCGAGGAAUCACU